AUCCCGUGGUUCUUUCUUCUUCUCAUCCUGCGGUGCUUUCGACCUUGGUUCCCAGGCAGAGGAAGUCAAGUGAUUGAAGAGCAAGACAUGGAUGGGAACUUUGGGCCGAUGGAGCGGGUGGUGUGGCCAGUUUCUGUUGUCUCGGGAAUCAUUAUGUGCAAGAUGGUGUAUGAUAUUACAGGUUGGAUCAGCACAUUGUACUUUAAGGGAUAUAAUGUGCUAAGCAAAGCACAACAAAUAGAAUGGAAUAACCGGGGUUUCUCCACAUUCCAUGCUAUCCUUGCUGCAGCUGUUUCUUUCUAUUUGCUGGUUGUAUCAGAUUUGUUCAAGGACAAUUUUCUUGACGUGCCUAUGAUAGCCAGAAAAUCAGUGGUUUCUGAUGCGAUGUUUGGUAUCUCUAUUGGUUACUUUCUCUCGGACUUGGCAAUGAUUCUGUGGCUUUAUCCAGCUUUAGGGGGCAAGGAAUAUAUCUUGCAUCAUGGUCUCUCCCUGUACGCGAUCUUCCUCUCACUCAUUAGUGGCAAAGCACAGGCUUACAUACUCAUGGUUUUGUUUUCUGAGAUCACAACUCCAUUUGUAAAUCUAAGAUGGUAUUUGGAUCUUGCCGGGCAAAAGAAUUCUAUGCUUUAUCUUUACAAUGGCAUUGCCUUGUUUUUUGGGUGGUUGGCUGCGAGGAUCGUUCUUUUCAUAUACUUCUUCGUACACGUGUAUCUUCAUUUUGACCAGGUGAAAUCCAUAUUUCCUCUGGGGUUCUACAGUCUGUUGACAGCGCCUUCAUUGUUGACAGUGAUGAAUUUGUUCUGGUUUUGGAAAAUCUUUAAAGGCAUGGUAAAGACUCUUUUUCGAAAAAGACACAUACAAUAACAGAAGGGAUUUUGCUAGCUCUCAGAUGUGUAAAUCAAAUGUGAUUGAUUAGUAUUAGCCUCCAUUGGCAACCACAUAAACAUGUGUAGUUGGGACAUCUUUUGCAAGUUGAUAGGGAGUUUAGCAACAAGUUGAUCAUUUACUGAACAUAUGGAUGAACUUCAAGGAAAAUGCAGGUACAAAAUAUUAUUUUGUAUAAAAUUGAGGCAAGAAAAAGUAUUGAUUCGCUUGUUCAAGUUAAAGAGAAAUAAAUUUCAUUACCCCUGGUUUGCUUGUUUUUCA